AUGGGUUCCCAACUUCUCUUUCCCUUAAACCUAGUUCAAUCUUCUAAGCUUCCCCAGUUUUGGAAGUUACCGGUCGGACCUUUACGCCACCGGUUGUCACGACAAAUAAAAGGUUUCCCGAGCCGAAUGGGUUGCAACAUAAUCAACUGCAACAAGGCUACCACUUUAGACCAACCCAAUGAUGACCGAGCCGUGGUUAGGCGGUGGGCUAACUAUGGUCCAACUAUUUGGGAACAUGAAUACAUACAAUCGAUUACCAAUAAUCAUGUGGGAGAGGACUAUGAGAAAAAAGUGGCAAAAUUGAAUGAAGAAGUGAGGAUGAUGAUGCUAAAGAAGAUAGAUAUUCCAUUGGAGAAAUUGGAGCUUAUUGACAUAGUGCAAAGACUUGGAGUGUCUUAUCAUUUUGAAGAAGAAAUAAAGUCCUGUUUGGAUAACAUCUAUAGUAACACAAAUUGGUCUACUGAUGCAGUUGACUUAAAUGAGACAGCUCUCAAAUUCAGGCUUUUCAGAGAGCAUGGUUAUAAUGUUUCACUAGAAGUUUUUGAAAAAUUUAAGGACCAAAAUGGGAAUUUCAAGGAGUCAUUAUGUGAGGAUACCAAGGGAUUGUUGUCCUUGUACGAGUCCUCAUUUCAUGCACUAGAGGAUGAGGGUACAACAUUGGAAGAGGCAGAAAAUUUUGCUACUAAACAUUUAAAAGAAAACUUGAAGAAGAUAAAAAAUCCAUAUCUUGCCAAGUUAGUGAGCCAUGCUCUUGAGCUUCCCCUCCAUUGGACCAUGCAAAGAUUCGAGGCGAGAUGGUUCAUAGACGCAUAUGGCAUGCGACAAGAUGCUAAUAAUGCCCUCCUCAAUUUCGCUAAGAUUGAUUUCAACACGGUGCAAGCUAUUCACCAAGAAGACCUUAAACAUGUUUCGAGAUGGUGGGACAACUUAGGAUUGAGUAAAAAACUACCAUUUGCAAGGGAUAGGCUAGUGGAAUGUUACCUAUGGUCCUUGGCUGAAGUGUAUGAUCCACAACCUCAGUUUCAAUACUAUAGAAGGAUGGCCACAAGGGUCAACCAACUAGUCACAUGUGUUGAUGAUAUUUAUGAUGUCUACGGAACACUAGACGAGCUCGAGCUCUUUAACGACGCAUUUAUUAGGUGGGAUGUCAAUCAUGUUGAUGGAUUGCCGGACUAUAUGAAGUUAUGCUUUCUUGGCAAUGUCAAUUCUAUCAAUGAAUUAGGCUAUGAGGCUCUUAAGGAGGUUGGAGUCCACGCUCUUCCUUACCUCGUCAAAGUGUGGACAGAUUUAUGUGGGUGUUACAUGAAGGAAGCGAGGUGGUUCCAUGGGGGACAUGUUCCUUCUCUUGAGGAGUACUUGGACAAUGGAUGGAUGUCUGUUGCGAUUCCUAUGAUGGCUGUUCAUGGGUAUUUCCUAUGUGGUUCUACUUCUCAUGCAAUCACUGAGAAGGGGUUAGAAGCAGUUAAAAACUAUCAUGAUCUCAUCAAAUGGCCUUCCAUGAUAGUUCGUCUUACCAAUGAUUUGGGAACAUCGAAGAAUGAAUUGGAGCGUGGUGAUAUAUUGAAAUCAGUGCAAAUUCAUGUGCAUGAAACCGGCCUCUCGCAAGAAGAAGCUCAAAAUCAUAUUAAGAAACUAAUUAGGGCAGCAUGGAGGAAGAUAAACACAGCUCGAGUCGCACCUGAUUGCCCUUUCGGGAAGAUUUAUGUGAAUAUAACAACAAACCUUGCAAGGGCAGGUCAUUUCAUGUAUCAACAUGGAGAUGCACACGGUCAUAAUACUACAGGAAAAAAUAAAGACCGCGUUAAAUUGCUCCUCCUCGACCCGAUUUCGCUUUCCUUUGAUUGA